AUGGAGUUACCAGAAAGCAACAAUAGGGUACGCCGAUUGGUUCAAUGUUGUCGUAGAAAAAUUAAAGAGCAAAUCCAUUCAAACAAAAACAAAAUAAAAUGGAACUGGCCAGAAUUACAUCUUUAUUGCGGGAUUUGCGACUUGAAGACCGGGCUUUACAUACGAUCUGUUAUCAGCGUGUUGGUAUGCACAACCAUCCUUGUCAUGAAUUGUUACAUGGUAUACUUUAUGUUAGAUCAUGGAAAGUUUCUGUUUGAACUUGAUGUGGCGGAAUACUUGGACGUGAAUUUCUCCGACGUCACUUUGGAGAAGAUAAAAAAAUUGCACACACUCGUAUUGAGUUACAUGUUCGUGUGGAUUAUAUUCAAGAUUUUGUAUAUAUUAGCAAUAUUUUUAACAUUUUACGCUGUUUACAAGAAAAAGCCAAUGAUACUAAAGUACGUGCUAUACAUUAACACAUUCAACUGGAUCUUGGACAUCUUCUUUUCGGCACUGGGAGCUGCUGUUGCUGAAAUCAUGUCAAAAGCUGUCUUUGUUAUUUGUGUUUUAUUCGAAGGCUACAACUUAAUAGCGAUUAGCAGCCAAUACAAGCAACUCAGGGGAAAAUCGAAAUUACUUUUGAAUGAAAGUAACUCUAACCAUAAUUUGGAAACGGCUUCCUCAACAUCUUCUGUUGCUACUACUAAUACUACACAGCCUCCCAUCCAAACUCAACCAUAUUGCCAGACCUGUUCAUGUCGCUUAAAUCCUGUUUUCACAAGAAAUUCGGAGACUGCAAACACCUCCAGCGUUGAAUCAGCAACAAGCUCAAAUCCGGAUGCACUCGUUAUUGUGAAUGAAUUUCAACAAAAAGGACUUAAUAUUAAAGAUAUUGAUAUUAUAUUUAACCAGGAUCAAUUAUUACCAAGAGAAAGCACCGUUUUUGAAAAUGUACAGUGUGCGAACACAUCUGUAGUUGUUGAUUUUCAAAGACUUUCAAGACCAACAAACCUGGAACUGCCACCACCAUAUAAGGAGAAAAAGGUGGACUUAACAGAUGAUCCAGUAAUUUACGACGAAGAUCAGUUGCAAAUAAGUGGAAGUCCAGUCGUAGAAAAUAGACGGGAAAAUGAAUCGACGUAA